CUGACAUUGACAAUUAAUAAUAGCGUUUACCGCAACCGAAUCGUGACUUUCAGAAAUUGUUAAUUCUUAUUUUGUUUGCAAGUAACACAAUAUAUUAAAAAAUGGCAGCAUCAGUUGUUGAUACGUACGCGGACCCCAACAUGAGUUGGAUGAACGCUCCUCACAGCACAGGAACCUCUAUAAUGGCCUGUGAAUUCGAUGGUGGUGUAGUGAUCGGCGCUGACUCUAGAACCACUACCGGCGCGUACAUUGCUAAUAGAGUAACUGAUAAACUGACUAAGAUCACUGAUCAUAUCUACUGCUGUCGCUCUGGAUCUGCCGCUGAUACUCAGGCUAUUGCUGAUAUUGUCACUUAUCAUUUGAAUUUUCACAAGAUGGAAUUGGGAGAGGAACCAUUAGUACAAACUGCAGCAGCAAUUUUCAGAGAAAUGUGCUACAAUUAUCGUGAUUCUCUUGUUGCCGGAAUCCUCGUCGCUGGCUGGGAUAAGAAAAGUGGAGGACAAAUCUACUCAGUACCAAUUGGUGGUAUGGUUCAGCGACAAGCUGUUUCUAUUGGAGGAUCUGGUUCAUCUUAUGUCUAUGGUUAUGUUGAUGCCAACUUCAAACCUAAAAUGUCCAUGGAGGAAGCUAAGAAGUUUGUCACCAAUACCCUGACAUUGGCCAUGCUUCGUGAUGGAUCUUCCGGUGGUGUUGUGAGACUUGGUGUAAUAUCUGAAGCUGGGGUAGAGAGAUCAGUUAUCCUUGGUGACCAGUUGCCCAAAUUUUAUGAAGGAUGAAUAUAUUUUAAAAAUUAAGAUAUUAUAAAAUUGGCAUAAAAAGUGA